AUGACCGACGGGCUGAUGAGCAAAGCAGCCACCAUGGAGAUCCCAAUCCAUGGCAACGGAGACUCCCGGCGUCUCGCUGAGGACGAUGGUCUGGAGCAGGUAACAGGGAGGGGGUAAGAAGGGGGGGGGGUCCACUGAUGUCCCGGGCGCAGUGUGUGGGGCUUGCAAGGGGGAGAUUUCAGGGGGCUCUGUAAGCUGAGCUCUGAUGGUUAUCGGGCAGGGGAGGAAUUGGGACGGUUCACUUGCCUUUGGGACCCCCACCCCCAUUCUAGCGGUCCAGUUUGACUCCCCGCAGGCCACGGAUUUGGGGGAAGCAGGCCCUGCUGCAGAGCAGCCACCCCGGCUGAGGGGACGCCGCUGGGCCUGCCUGAAGCCCCCUCCCCUCGCGCUGGCCUCUGCCACCUUCCCUUUCUCCCGCUGCAGGACCUCCAGCAGGUGAUGGUGUCGGGGCCCAACCUGAACGAGACCAGCAUUGUUUCCGGGGGCUACGGGGGCACCGCCGAGGGCAUCAUACCCACCAGCGCCAUCAAAGGUCAGGCAGCCUAAGAGAAUCGCCGUGCUGCUCUCUGCGCGGGGAGGGGGCCAAUCUCUGCCAACAGCCGAGCCCUGCCUGCCCGUGAAGGGCGUCCCUCGGCCAAGCACCGUCAGCAAGGCCCCCCCACCCCCUCCUUCGAGACGGGCCUCCUGCAGCCUCCCUUUCCCCUGACCCCAGGGAUGAGGAAGGCACGUAGCUCAGCCAGCACCUUGCCUGGGGAACUGUGCCCGCCUCGUGCUCCUCUAGGAGCCUGGCAUCGUGUGCUCAUGCCACCCUGUCCAUGUCUGCCGCAGCUCAUCAGCCCGCCUGUCUUAUCCUGCACCCCCUCCAUGGCUCCCUUCCUCCUCCUCCCCAUCCUGCCCGCUGCCCAUCUCUGCCCUGCCUUGGGUCCCCUCCAUUUCAGGCUCUCUCGUUCCAUCUCACCCACCCCGAAGACCACUCAUCUCCCCCAGCCCAUCGGCUGCCAGCCGGAUAGCCAGCCAGGCGGUUGCUGCCUCAGGUAUUGCCCUAUCCCCUGCCCCCAAAAGCCCCCCCCAUGGGAGCGGUUGGGGUGCAGGCUUCCAGGGGAAUGUAGGCGAGGGGGAGAGGUGUUUUCCUGCCUCCUCCUCCAUGGGGCAGCUUGGCCUCCGGAGCAUUGGGGGACCUGCCCUUUCCCCCUGCUCAGGAAGCCCCCUGCCCGCUCGGCCCUUGCAGGUUCCAGUUUGCACCAGCAGCACCCCAACCCGGCCCUGGCAGGUGAGGAGGCCACGCGGGGCAUCGCGGUGGAGAAGUUUGAUGUUGUCAAGAAGUGGGGCAUCAACACCUACAAGGUGAGCGGGGGGGGGGGGGGAGGCGUUGUGCUCAGCCCCAGCAAGAGGGGGCGCUGGUGGGGCUGGGCCUGAACCAGGCAGGUGCCCUCUUCCUCACAUGGAUCGGUCUCUUGCUUCUGGAUCGAUCCCCUUUGGCCCACCAGCAAGUCUCUGCCUUCUGGACCCCUCAGUGCCCUGCUCUGGGGGCUGCCUUGGGAGGCUGCUCCAAAAGGCAGGGGGCACCCACCCAGCGGGACCCUUGGCCCCCUUCCCAGAGGGCAGGAAGGGGGGGAACGGCCUUUUCGGCUGUGGCCCCUUUGCACAAGGCUUUCCCGCGCACCUGCUCUUUCUCCGUCUGGCCCCUGAGCUCUGCCCGCCCACACGCCAUUGCUGUUUUAAGUCCCUUUGACAGCUUGAGUGAUCCUGGGCAGGGACCCCAGGGGUCAUCCAGCCCAACCCCCUGCAGGGCGAGGGGGUCUUCCGCUCCGGGUGAGGCCCCCCCAGCUGCCCCUCCUCGUCUCCCUCCGCAGUGCACAAAGCAGCUGAUCUCGGAGCGCUUUGGGAGGGGCUCUCGGACCGUCGACCUGGAGCUGGAGACGCAGAUUGAGCUCCUGCGGGACACCAAGCGCAAGUACGAGAGCGUGCUGGGACUGGCCAGGGCCCUCACCAGCCACUUCUACAGCCUGGUGCAGACGCAGCACGCCCUGGCAGACGCCUUCUCCGACCUCAGCCAGAAGUCUCCAGAGCUGCAGGUGGGGACGCGCCCCACGUCCCUUGGGCAGGGGGAGGCAGGAUGGCCCAGGGGCCAGGUGGAGGGGAGGUCCAAGGGCAUCGGAAGCCAACGCCCUGCCUGGCAGGAGAGCAGCUACAGCCACAAGGCAGCCCCCAACCUGGAGGGCUUUGAAAGAGGAUUGGGCAAAUGUGUGGGGCAGGAGAGAGCUAUCAAGGCCUGAUCCAGCAGACUUUUCUUGGGCUCUCAAGUUCUGGGGGGUUUCUUGCUUUUGGGGGCUGGCUUGUGGGGGUCCGGGACGGUCAGCCCCCUUUUCAAGGCCCUCACCCCCCGCAGGAGGAGUUUGGCUACAACGCAGAGACCCAGAAGCUGCUGUGCAAGAACGGGGAGACCCUUCUGGGGGCCGUCAACUUCUUUGUCUCCAGCAUCAACACCCUGGUCAACAAGACCAUGGAGGACACGCUCAUGACCAUCAAGCAGUACGAGACGGCCAGGUGGGGCCGUAAGCGGGGGGGAGGGGAAGGGGGGCAGCUCCAGGCAGGGCCCAGCAGAUGCCCCGCUGCCAGUUGGGGGGCAUCUGGCCAAGGGGUGGGAGUUGUGCCGCCGCUGCUUUGACACUCCCCCCCCCCCCCGUGCAGGCUGGAGUACGACGCCUACCGCACGGACCUGGAGGAGCUGAACUUGGGGCCUCGGGACGCCAGCACCCUCUGCCGCCUGGACGCCGCCCAGGCCCACUUCCAGGCCCACCGCGCCAAGUACGAGAAGCUGCGGGCAGACGUGGCCGUCAAGCUGAAGUUCUUGGAGGAGAACAAGGUGAGGGGGGCUCCUGGUCAAAGGCCUCCCACCCUGGCCUGUCCUCCAUGCCUGGGUCCAGGAAUCCCAGCCAGAGCAUUCCUGGUCUCUGCUUCCAGGCCAGGCAAGAAGAGUCCAGGAGGGGUGCAAGGGGGGGCUUCCUUGGGUCGGGGGCGGAGGUGGGGGGAGGAGAACAGAAAGUCCUUCACGCAGCACAGAGCUGAACUGCGGAAGCAGUGAUGCCCUGCGGCCCCCUGAGAUGCGCGGCUGGCCCCUGGGGGCUCCUGGCCUGCUCCAGGCGGCUCCUCUGACGCCCCCCCCCCCGUUGCAGGUGAAGGUGAUGCACAAGCAGCUGCUGCUCUUCCACAACGCCAUCUCGGCCUACUUUGCCGGCAACCAGCAGCAGCUGGAGCAGACGCUCAAGCAGUUCAACAUCAAGCUGAAGAGCCCCGGAGCAGAGAAGCCCUCGUGGCUGGAGGAGCCGUGA